AUGUCCAAAAUUCUCGUUGUCUAAUUUCGUCUCGUUAUACUUUAUUCCUUCGGCGGAAGCCCAAUCCUAGGGUUCCGGCCUCGAUCGGAAACGGUGAGUACGUGGACGCCUCUCGCACAAAUCUCGCUCGGUUGGGGUCCAAUCACCCGAAGCUUCCGGAUCUUCGGAGAGCUUCGAGCAGCGACGCGUUUCCGAGGAGUAAGGGUUUGGAGGCGAGGUGCUCUCUAUGUGGACGUUGAUGCGUUUUUUUGUAUUCUAGGAGGAAUUCAGGACUGGGGUUUUUAGAUUCGCGCAUCGAAGCACGAGAUUCCCUAGAAUAGAUUGAAUCUUGUGGGGUUCUUGGUGCUUGGUUGCGGGGAAUUUGCGGGCCGAGGCAUAAAGAUUUGAUCUUUGGGGGCGAGAGAUGUACCAGCGCGUGGCCACAGGUGCCACGCGGGGCGGGAUGGCGACGGACAGCGGAGAUGUGGUGGUGACCCUCGAUCAAGUGCCGAGGUGGAGCGAUGCGGACCAGCGAGCCUUCGGCGCUGGGGAUACUUCAUCGCCCUUCUUCCACUUCUCUGAUCCUCUCACGUCGUCUUCGGGAGCUGAGACCGGGGGUGAUGGGGUGGUUUCGAUCUUUCCCGUGGAUCAUGAAAUCAAUUCGAAGAUAUAUCUGUGGCGUGGCAACCCGUGGAAUCUUGAGGUUGAUGCUGUUGUGAAUUCCACCAAUGAGAGCCUGGAUGAAGCACAUAGCUGCCCUGGUUUGCAUGCCGCUGCUGGACCUGGUCUUGCAGAAGAAUGUGCUACAUUGGGUGGAUGUCGAACUGGAAUGGCAAAAGUGACCAACGCAUAUGAUCUCCCUGCUAGAAAGGUUAUACAUACUGUUGGUCCUAAGUAUGCUGUCAAGUACCACACUGCUGCUGAGAAUGCACUUAGUCACUGCUAUCGUUCUUGCUUGGAGCUUCUGAUUGAGAAUGGACUUCAGAGCAUUGCCACAGGCUGUAUAUAUACAGAGGCGAAAAACUACCCUCGUGAGCCAGCUGCACAUGUUGCAAUAAGGACUGUCAGGCGGUUUCUGGAGAAGCAGAAAGACAAAAUAACUGCAGUUGUUUUUUGCACUACCACAUCAUCUGAUACAGAAAUAUAUAAAAGAUUGCUUCCACUUUAUUUCCCUAGGGAUCGGCAUGAAGAAGAGAUUGCAAUGUCCAAGCUUCCAUCAGAUGUAGGAGACGAGAAUGGUGAGACAGUAAUAGAUGAACGAAAGAUUAGAAUAAAACCAUUGCCCGCAGUGUCAGCAUCUAUUCCAAAACCUUCAGCAUCCCUGGCUGAUUCUCCUGUUGCUGAUGUUGGAUUGACAAUGAAACAGAAGUCUGUCAAGUUGGAUUCAUAUUUGGAUCCUGGGUUUAUGUCAUUGAGUAAGGACCCUGAUCAGCGACGGAAAGAGCAAUGGGAAAAGAAGGCCCAAGCACAAAGUGGAUUUAAUUGUGCUAAGCUGCUUGGAUUUGGUGAUCUAGGUGGCCCUCCAUUAUCUGCAGCUGAGGAGUACUCACUUCAUUCUAGAUAUCUUGCUAAAGCAAAUUCUCUUAACCUUUCAGAGAUUGCUGAAAUGAAAAUUGUUUAUCGUGGUGGAGUAGACAGUGAGGGACGUCCUGUAAUGGUUGUUGUAGGAGCUCACUUUCUUUUACGGUGUCUUGAUUUGGAACGUUUUGUUCUCUAUGUAGUGAAGGAGUUUGAACCCUUGCUUCAGAAGCCUUACACAAUUGUCUAUUUUCAUUCUGCAGCAAAUUUACAGUUGCAACCAGAUCUGGGAUGGAUGAAGCGUUUACAGCAGAUACUUGGUCGAAAACACAAGCGUAAUCUACAUGCAAUUUACGUUCUCCAUCCAACCCUGGGUCUGAGGGCUGCAAUCUUCGCAUUGCAGCUAUUUGUUGAUGGAGAAGUGUGGAAAAAAGUAGUAUAUGUUGAUCGACUUUUGCAGCUGUUCAGAUAUGUGCCUCGAGAGCAGUUGACUAUUCCCGACUUUGUGUUCCAACAUGAUCUUGAGGUGAAUGGAGGGAAGGGUGUAAUUGUUGAUCCAAGAACGAAAUACAUCUACCAAAGGCACUCUGCAUGAUCUCGUGGCUUUAUUGUAUAUUCAGUGUGUCGUUUGAUCGUUGUCCGUGUAAGAGCAGUUUGCCCAUCUGUUGAUUUUUGUAGUUUUGGAAUUAUUUGAUUGUAUUUUCCACAAUGGGAAAGAACAAGAAAUAAAUGCUGUCACUUUUUUUUGUAUGUAAAGGCGGUGUCUUUCUCGGUUUGCAGC